AUGUUGAGAGUAAGUAAGAGAUUCCUAACCAAGAAUGCUGCAGUUAAAAAGACCGCAUUGUACGAUUUACAUGUGGAUUUAGAAGCCAAGUUGGUUCCAUUUGCGGGAUAUGAGAUGCCAUUACUGUAUCCCAAUAUUCAGAACCAUGUGCAAUCGCAUUUAUGGACAAGAAAGCACGCAGGACUAUUCGAUGUGUCUCAUAUGUUACAAAGCAGAUUAAUGGGCACCGAUGCCAUUGCGUUGUUGAACUUGGUUACUCCGAGUAAAUUUAGCAAGUUGCAGGAGGGGAGUGGUCAAUUGAGUGUUCUCUUAAACGAUCAAGGAGGUAUAAUUGACGAUCUAAUUAUUGUUAGGGAAAGAAAUGGGUUUGCAAUUGUCAGUAAUGCAUCAAGACGUGAUGAGGUCUCCCGGUUCAUUAGUCAACAGAUCCGUGACAGGUUACCAGGUUGCAAUAUCGUCUGGGAACCCAUUGAAAACAAGAGUUUGAUUGCACUACAGGGUCCUACAGCAUCAAGAGUGUUGAAAGAAUUUGUUGAAGGUGACCUAAAUAAACUAUUUUUUGGUCAAAGACAAGUGUUCCCCUUGAAAGAUCAUAGUGACAUUAAUAUUAACGUCAUGAGAGGUGGAUACACGGGGGAAGAUGGGUUUGAAAUUGCCAUCAACGAAUCUGUUUCCCCAGAUUUCGCAAGUGAUCUACUGGCAAACGAGCAAGUGAAACCUAUUGGCCUUGCCGGUAGGGACAGUCUCAGACUAGAGGCAGGCAUGUGUCUCUAUGGUAAUGAAUUGGACGAAAACACCACGCCAGUGGAGGCAAGUUUGAAAUGGCUCAUUGCCAAGGAUAGAAGAGAUCUUGCAGAGAACAGGUUAAAGUUUAACGGGUAUGAUAAGAUCAUAGACCAGUUGAAGAACAAAACAAACGAAUGGGUCAGAGUCGGGUUCAAAUUCUCAGGUGACACUCCUAGCCCCGCUGCAAGACAUGGCGCUACUAUAUUUAACAACGAUGGGAUAACAGAAAUCGGACAAGUCACUUCUGGGAGUGUAUCACCAUGUCUAAGCAUCAAUAUCGGACAGGCCUACGUGAAGAAUGGAGAGCACAAGAUCGGCACCAAACACCUCGUGCAAGUAAGAAAGAAACUUUUCCCCAUUGAGAUAACACGCAUGCCCUUCGUCCCCACCCACUACUAUAAGUCUUAA